AUGGCUUUUGCUGCGUUAAUGAAGGAUGUCUUGGAAGAAGAAGAGGCAAGAAGAGAAAACUCUAUCAUUAUGAGAACAUUAAGAGAUACUGUCGAUCCUUUCAAUUUGACGGACCAACAGUUUACUAAAGUCUUUCGUUUAUCUAAAGAUGCAGUAAAUUAUUUGUGUGAUGUUAUGGAACCUACUCUUGAGCGUAGACGAACAAAUGGAUUAUGUGUGAAGACUCAGGUUCUGGCUGCAUUACGUUUUUUCGCUAUUGGUUCAUACCAAAAAGGUAUCGGAAAUGACUAUCUUAUAUCAAUCUCACAACCUGCUGUUAGCCGAGCUAUAAAAGCAGUGGCAGUAGGUAUUACUCAAACACUUGCCGAUGAAUGGAUUCAGUUCCCAAGAACAGAGGAAAAGCGGGCUGCUUUAAAAAGAAGGUAG